AUGACUCCAGCGACACGCAUUACAUGGAAGUGUUCCAAACACACACUGGCCAACAGCAAUCGCCGCAAUGACAAUGACUCUGAACUUUAUGGAAAUUUUAGUGCAAUCGAAUUCCUUAAGGAGUUAAAGCAUUACGAUACAAUUUUAAUAAUGCAAAAUCAAAAUGCAACAAUUUCCAACGUUUUCUUUACACACCUUAAUAAAGUGUUACAGGGAAAUUAUAAUAAUACCAACAUUACAUCUGCUGCUAACAGGCCAGGCCUAGGAUUACUAAGUGAAAUGGUUGCAACACCAAUAUGCGCGACAUUUGCUAACUGCAUCAUGACCAGUUUACAGGUGCCAGUUUUGCAAUUAAAUGAAUUGCAAAGUUUUUAUCUAAAACGUCACUAUUGCGAACAUCUUCUAUCAAUUGUUUAUAUUGAUAUUAAUAUCGAAGGCAUUCAAAUGACUUUAAGUGAUCAUAAAGGUUUGCUAGAGAAAUUAUCUAGAAACUUGUUACAUAUGACGACAUCUAAAGUCAUGUUUCUUUUGAAUUUUCCAUUGAAUAAAAGAAGAGGUGAUGAUGAUGACGACGGUCGUGUUGCGAUUCCUACUAAAGCAGCCAUAAUUGAUGAAGAUGUUAUUCAAGGUGUUGUACGGCGGCUAUUUCAACAUUGUUGGCAGCAAAAGAUUAUAAAUGUUGUGGCACUACUGGCAGACUAUCAGACAACUCGAAAAUUCUACAGUUACACUCAUUUCCCAGAAUUUCGUUUGGAGAUAAAAACUAUAGCGGCAAACUCUAAUGAACAAGAAGAAAUCUAUCCAUAUCGUUUGAAUGACCUUAAAGGCUAUAAAUUACCCAUAGUUAUAGGUGGUUCCGAUCCACGUAUUAUACCUUACAAAACGUCUAAAGGCAAAGAAAUUAUAGGUGGAUUUGUCGGACACUUUAUAGAGGCUUUUGCCAAAAAAUACAACUGCGAGCUGGUGCAGCCAUUACCGUUUAGACCAAACAAACCGAUACCAUCACAAGACCUUAUUAAAGCUGUACGAAAUGGCACAGUUGAGAUAUCGGCUGGUUUAACUUUUCCCCAAAUACCAUUUAGAGGUUAUACAUAUGCCUACGAACAACUGAAUGGCUGUAUAAUGAUACCAGUGGAAGCUAAUAUUCCCGGUUAUAAGUUCUUUACCUCAGUUUUUAAAGGAGAGACUUAUCUUUUGGUUAUUGCAGUGGUUAUCAUUAUAUCUAUGCUAUUGAGUGCAGCUUUAUAUUUACAUGGCUAUCGCAUAUAUUAUAUCCAUAUAUUAUGUCAUGGUGACUGUUUAAGGGGCAUAUUGGGACCACCAAAAGAGGCUUUUCUCAAUUCAAUCGAUAGUAUUUUAUGGUCGGGCUUAAAAGUAGUUAUCUGGGAACCUGAAUACAAGGAACUCUUGGGUCGCGCAUCAGAAUUUCAUAAAUACAUACCCCUUUUCUAUGUAGUUAAAAAUUAUCAAGAAUAUCUGGAGAAACGCGAUUCUCUUAAUAAUAAAUAUGGUUAUGUAGUACCUACCACAAAAUGGAUUAUUAUCCAGCAGCAACAGAAAAUGUUUACUACUCCUCUCUUUAGACACUCAAAAAAUUUUUGUUUUUUCAAUAACAUACCCAUGUGUUUUCCGGUUCAGGAAAAUUCUAUUUACAAUUCUUUAAUCUAUCAAUUGAUUUUGGAAACGGCUCAAUCGGGUUUGACGAUUUAA